UCACAGUUUGUACAAGCAUUUUCGAAACUCUGAUCAUGGCUACAUUUGACUUGAAAACCGUUCCACCAUCAAGUCUUACUUAGUAAUCUAUGCCCAACAUUUCAGUGGCAAGUUUGUGGACCAUGGCACGUCACAUGACAGUCUUACUGUGUUUACUGUGCCUUGUGAUUUGCUGACAGAGUCGUUCUCCUGGCCACGGCAGCAAUGAGGUCAGGAUUCGGAUCAGUAUCAAGAUCUUCCAUAACGGGCAUCGUUCUCAUCGUGACGCUCUGUUGUUUUCACGUGUUCGCUCUCAAAUCCCAACUUUUGACGAGGCAUGGCGUUUUAGUAGAUUCCAAUGCCAAGGACUCCGUCAUUAGCUAUAAAACACUCUAUUUUAACCAAAAGAUCGAUCACUUUGGUUUCCUUGAGGAUGGCACCUUUAAGCAGCGGUACCUGGUUAAUGAUGAACACUGGCACCAAAAGGGAGGUCCAAUCCUCUUCUACACUGGAAACGAGGGAGACAUCACCUGGUUCUGCAAUAACACAGGGUUCAUGUGGGACAUUGCAGAGGAGUUAAAGGCCAUGUUGGUGUUUGCAGAACACCGUUACUAUGGGGAGUCCCUGCCGUUUGGAAAAGACUCUUACAGCGACACCAAACACCUGAACUACCUGAGUUCAGAGCAAGCGCUAGCUGACUUCGCUGUGCUGAUCAAAGAGCUGAAGCGAACGGUGCCUGGAUCCCAGCUCAGCCCUGUGAUUGCCAUUGGGGGCUCCUAUGGAGGGAUGCUCUCUGCCUGGAUGAGAAUGAAAUAUCCCAACGUGGUGGUUGGAGCUCUGGCUGCCUCUGCUCCCAUUUGGCAGUUCCCAGACAUGGCUCCCUGCGGAGACUUCUACAAGAUAGUCACCCAGGACUUCGCCGAGGGUGGCCUGAACUGUGACGUUAACAUCAGGAAGUCCUGGAAGGCCGUCGACAAUGUCGCAGCAACAGACAGUGGUCUUCGUUGGCUGUCCAGUGAGUUCAGUUUAUGCUCCCCUCUCAAGAAGACCGACGUGGCUGGUUUCAAGGCCUGGCUGCAGGAGACCUGGGUCAAUCUGGCCAUGGUCGACUAUCCCUACGAGGCCAAUUUCCUUCAGCCUCUCCCACGCUGGCCAGUACAGGUGGUGUGCAAGUACCUCGGCUUCGACCCCUACAGCGUCUCGGACUACCAGAUGUUAAGCGCUAUCUCUGAGGCAGUCCGGGUCUACUACAACUACACAGGAAGUGCUCCCUGUCUCAACACGUCCUCCACGGCCACGGGCAGCCUGGGCUACAUCGGCUGGUAUUACCAGGCUUGUACCGAGAUGGUCAUGCCCAUGUGUACAGACGGGGUCCAGGACAUGUUUGAGCCCCAGGAGUGGAACUUCCAGGCCUUCUCAGACGAGUGCCAUGCCCUGUUUGGGGUGCGACCGCGGGCCGACUGGGCUGGCAUUUUCUAUGGAGGACUGGACAUUGCCUCACACAGUAACAUCGUCUUCAGUAAUGGAGGUCUGGACCCCUGGUCAGGUGGCGGGGUGACCCGCAACAUCUCGGACUCCAUGGUUGCCAUAGUGAUACCGGACGGAGCGCACCACCUCGACCUGCGCUACAACAACGAGUACGACCCCCACAGUGUGCUGUCAGCCCGCGCCCAGGAGGUGGAGUACUUCAAACUGUGGAUCAGGCAGGCCAAGAAACAACUCUGACAUGCUGAAUGACCUUCUGCUGCAACUACCAGGCCGCAUCACUCUGCACAGAUGAACUCCCAGGAUGCUCCUGAAAGGGUUCCCUCCUUCCUACAUCCUGCUCUGGUUAUGGUCAGGGUCCGUGUAGGGUUCUAUGCAUGGGGUUAGGGUUCCAUUUUGGAUGCAGUUCCCGCCUUUCCAACAGUCUCAACUGUCUGUUUAGUUGGGUAACUGUUUCCAUUUGAAUUCAGUGAUUGGAAUGAUUAUGGAAUGAUUUGUUCACUGUGUGCCACAGUCAGGUUUGGGAGUAACCUUUUCAAUCACUGUCAAUAAGGGCUAGAAAAAUUACAAAAACAACAUCUAAUAAUAAAAUACUUGAAUUUUUUUUAUGUAACUUUCACAAUCACCACAUUAUAUAAUUUGGUGGAAGUAUUUGUUUUUGGCAACUGUUGUGUUUAGUUAAUAUAAUCUGAUUCAAAUACUAGUAAAACUGUGUUGUUUAUGGGAUGUUGUUUAUGGGAUCAUUAGUGCAAAAAGGAUUUAACAACUCUCAGGAAAUGAUUUUUUUGUAUUUGUUUACAGUUUGUUAUUGACCAUGUUGCCAAACUAUAUUCUGCAUUUCUUGAAGAAAUGUUUCACUGUUGAUAACAUAACUUUGCAGUUUGCAGUUUUUAUGCUACAGCAUGAUUUCAAUUUGCUCCUUAAUUUCCCCAUGUCUACCUACACAAGGGCUCUCCUCAGCAUCGUCUCCUGUGUGGUUUUAGCAUGCUGUUUUGCUUGUUUCAUCUCUGUAGGAUUUUGUUUGUUGACUCUAAUUUCUGUCUGCACCCUCCUGUCUCAUCACUGCACUAUUAAACCAUUGACCUGUGAGCCCCAGAUUAAAGCCAGUUUAUUCUGU